GCCGGAUUGGGUCGAACCGAGACUUUCACGGUCAUCCUCAGCCGCUGGGUAAAUAAGGACCAGCCGGCAGAUCAUCGCCACUCGUGUUCACUCCAAGGAGCAAACCACUCAGCAUCAGUUCUGCCGGGACUUUUGUCCGGGGGAUUAUCAGGUGAUUUCUAUCCAGCAGGCUUGGAAGAAUCUUCGCUGGCACGUUUCCGAAUUCUGAUCUUCACCUUCUCAGUAGCUCGCUGAUCUCGGUGAGAGAACAUUACCUUCUAUCUCUUUCCAACUGAUUGCUUUAUUUGUUUCGAGGUGCAAGAAACAAUAAGUAAAGAAUGAGUUUAACAAGUGAUUUAACGUUGAAGGAAAAAGAAGCUUUUGAUGAGCUCAAAAAACGAAUCUAUUCUGACGUCCCAGACCACCUGAAAAAUGACGUUUUCCUUUACCUGCGGUUCCUGCGAGCCCGAGAUUUCAACGUAAAUUUGGCGGAAGACAUGCUCCGAAACCAUCUUACUUGGAGGAAAGCCAACCACAUCGACACAAUCUUGACCGAUUUCAUCCCAGAUAAGAAUGGAAAAUUCGAUUCUGACGUCUUGAACAGUCACCAAAAUGGAAUCACAGAAAGCAAAUCAAGAAUUGGGGUAGUGACCAAAUAUCUACCAUUGACACGAAUCGGUUUCGAUAAAGAGGGUGCACCUAUCCGCUACUUUGCAUUUGGGAACAUGGAUUCCAAAGGAAUUUUGAAAUCUGUAAAACGAAACGAGUGCGUUAAAGGAGUUAUCCAGUGUUUUGAAGAAGACGUCGCUGUGAUGAAAGAACAAACUACGAAGCUAGGGAAGCCUAUAGAACAAUGGGUAUAUAUAUUUGAUUUUGAAGGUUACAGUUUUGCAAAAGCAACGCACAAACCAACUUUGGAAACUUUAAUCGCAUUGUUCAUGGCCUAUGAAGCGAACUACCCGGAAAGAUUAAAAGCAGCAUACAUAAUAAAUGCUUCUGUCUACUUCAGUAUCGCAUUUGCAAUCAUCAAGCCCCUUCUCUCAGGAGCGACACUCAAGAAAAUUACCAUUUUCGGAAAAGAUGGUUGGAAAGAAGUCCUGCAGCGAGAUGUUGAUCUGGACGUUUUGCCUUCUUUUCUCGGGGGAAAGCGAACAGAUCCUGAUGGAAAUCCUCUUUGCAAAACCAUAGUGAAACAUGGAACUUUGGUUCCUGAAGAAUACUACAUUACCAAAGGUGCAAGUCGACUGAGCCAGCAGCCCGGUGUCAAGAAGUUGGUAGUGAAUCGCAUGUCCAAGGUUCAUGUGAUUUUAAAUGUGACGGAGCCCGGUUCACUCAUCGAAUGGGAAUUUGAAACCGAAAGCAAAGACAUUGGUUUUGGACUCUUUUAUAAGAUCAACGAAUACAACGACAGUGAAAAGAAGGAACUCGUUCCCAAACAGAGGAUAGACACCCACCUAGCAUCAGAAACGGGGAUGUACCAAUGUGAAAAACCUGGCACGUAUGUUCUGGUGUUUGACAAUUCUUACAGUUGGAUCCACCAGAAAGAACUCUAUUGUAAAGCAGUAGUUGUGACGCCGAAGGGAGAAAGAGUUACUGUAUUAAACUGAACACACUUGGCAUCCACUUGUAUGUUCACCUAUACUUGUGCAUUUUAAACGGCAAUACGUUUCACAUUUACUACUUUAAGGGUGGAGAUUUUCACAAGAUGAAGAUACGUGUCAAAAAUCACAAUGACACUGAAAGCAUGCUUCUUUUCUUAAUCAAUCAUAUCUUCAGAAAGGAAAACUAACGUGAAAAAAACUCAAAAGAACUAUUGAGAUGACAAAUUAGUUUCAGUGUCUUUGAUGUAUAUAGAAAUAUCCAAAAACAUCUCAUUAAGUCAUUUUUAUCGUCACAGAAAUUAUCAAAGGUUCCUUAAUGCAGCAGAAAUAUUACUUUGCUCAAAGUGACUGCAAGGUUUAAAUAUGCACAGCAAUAUUGCGUGAACCAGUCUUCAUUUCAACACUUAUUCAUUUUAUGUUUUCAUUGUUGAAGAAAAACCGAACUGAUCCAGGAAUCCAAAAGCUAACAAUCACAUUAAUAGUGACUUUAUAAUGAAAAAAGGACUCAAAGAGCAAUGAACCGAGUCAGCUUUUUGCAUAGAUGUAGCAGGGCUAAUUACUCAACACCGUAGCGACAGCUCCAUUUAACGCGCGAAUCUUGAUGUAAACGGGCAAAAGAGUUGCAUACGAAGUUCAGUGACUCGAAUGGCUUCGGCAAAAGUUGUUUGCGCUAAGCCGUGCGCAUGCGCUUUUCGGAUGUUUGCCCGUCUACUUGAUGGUCUCAGAUGCCCAGGGAAUCGGUUUCUCGUUGUGUAUUUAGUUAACACUACUUCUAUGCUUUUAUGUUGUUUCCUAAUGCAGUGAUUUCCUCAUCGGUCUUUAAUACUCCAGAAAUUAAAAAAAAAAAGCUUUAAAAAAGGUUGAUCCAAUAUUGUAUAAAAUGGUCAACAUUUCGACUCUUAUAUGUUAUACGGUUUUAUAGUGGCGAAAAGGAUAAAGAUGAAACGGUAUCUAAAGUACCGAGAGAAAAAAAUCACAGUAUAAUGAAAUAAUACUGCAAAAGAGACAAAAAGUGCAAUGAACCGAGUGUUUCUUUAUGCUGCUCUCUAACCCGGUGAAUUCCCCAUCGAUUUUGCUUUCAUAAAAAAUGAUUGAUUUUUUUCACACGAGCAUUCUACAAAAGACAAGAAAAAUAGCGAUCCCAAGGAACAAAGUCCGAGACAACUUUUUCUCUACCAACUGUUGCUUUAAGUUUUCUAUGAUGCUUGAAAUGUCUCAAUACCAAAGUCUUUUUUUCUGGAAAGUAGCCUGGAUUUCGCUUUUGAACCAAUUAAAAUAACCAUGGCAACAUCUUUUCUCAGAAUGCUUUUCCUGCCCGUCGCUACAGAGAGAUUGUGUAAAAUAAAAGUUAAAACGUUUUUGGAAGAUGGCCAAAAAGCGAAUGAAUUACUAGUUUUGUAUCUAAAGCCACUAAUAGGCUAAAAGUAAAUUUCUGGGCACGUGCGUGUAUCUGAUAACAGCAAUGUUGUCCGAGUUGUUGUCAGUUAUCUGAGUGAAGGUUUUCCUUUAAGAAUUUAGUCCAUUAGUAACCAUAGUGGUUACCCUCUAUUUUGUGCAUGGAUUUGAUGAUGAUCAUGUUGCGCAAGUUACUGCGUCAUCGACUCCAACAAAGAGAACUCACGAUGUGUUUGCGUGUGUUGUUUCUCUUGGAAGGAAUCAAAAACAACGCAACUGAUUUCAGAUUUCAAUCUUCUUGCCAUUCUAGCAAAAUGUAAAAGGAUCAGGAUAAAAUCAUUUGGAAUUUGGUUUUUCUUAAGUUUUUUCUUUUCAAUCUUUUUGAUAUAACUUUUACUUAUAUACGUAUUGAUGUAAAAUUACUCAAGGUACAUAUCUGUGUAAUCGUUUCUAUGUAUGUGUAAAUAUUUUUCCUUUGUAAAAAUAAACAUUCCUAAAUAAUA